CUGUUAGGAUUUAGAAGAUCUGCACGUUAUUUUACUUAACCGUUGAUCUGUUUUAUUUUACGUGAUUUUACUUUUUUUUUUUCUAAAGAAAAUGAGAAAUUUUUUAAUGAAAUUAAUUUAACAAAUUCUAUAGGAUGAAGUUUAAGUGUAUAUAGAAUUGGAUAAAACGAAAUGAGAUAUAUAAUUUAAAUAAUCAAGUAUUUUCUCGUCUAUUAUUUUGUAUAAUUGAUCCAAUACAAUCUCUAAUAGUUAAAUAAUAUUUUAUUUUUACAAUGAACAUCGAAGAAAAUAGGUUGAGAACGUUUGUUGAUUGGCCUACUAAUGCUGCAGUAAGUGCAGAUCGCAUAGCCAAAGCAGGAUUUUAUUAUUCUGGUGUAGGUUUGGAAGUACAAUGUUUCUUAUGUGGUAUAAAAAUUUCGGAGUGGAAUUAUGGCGAUCAAGCUGUAACACGUCAUCGUCAAGCUGCACCUGAUUGUCCUUUUGUUUUAAAUCCGUCCAGUACUUGUAAUAUACCUUUAUUACCAGCAUCUGCUAAUGACAGAGAUUUAUCAUCGUCGUCUUCUUCGGUGGAACAAGCCCAAUCUGAUAAUACUACGGAAUAUCAGUGUUUUCUUUCAACAGCUGUAAGAAGUGACGAUCCUCAAAGACAAUACAAAACCUUGAGGCAAAGAUUGGAAUCUUUUGCUACUUGGCCAAUAUCUAAUAUAGUGUCUCCUGAGAAACUUGCUAAAGCAGGUUUCUAUUAUUUACAACAAGCAGACUUGGUAGAAUGUGUCUUCUGUCGAGGUAUUAUAUUACAAUGGGAACUUGGCGAUGAUCCAGAAAAAGAACAUAGAACCCACUUUCCUAGUUGUGAUUUUUAUAUAAGAAGAAACAAUGAAGAUGAUAUAGAAGAUAUAAUAAAAUUAACUAACGUGAAAUUAAUGCCUGGUUCAACAACCGAUUUGAAAGAUUUAGGUAUUCAAACUCAUAGCGUACCACGAAGAUUAAAACACGCGACAUAUGAAGGUAGAUUGAGAACUUUUGAAGGCUGGCCUGUAGAUCUAAGACAAACACCGGAGAUGUUAGCAAUAGCUGGAUUUUAUUAUGUUGGAACUGAAGAUCAAGUGAGAUGUUUUCAUUGUGAUGGUGGUUUGCGUAAUUGGGAAUUAACGGAUGAUCCUUGGGUGGAACAUGCAAAAUGGUUUCCGAAAUGUGGUUUUGUUAACAUCGUGCAAGGACCAGAAUUUAUAAAAGAAUGUGUUGACAGUAGACCACCUUUAGACCUAGCUAUUGUAGCCGACAUGUGUAAUAGGGCAUCUUUAGAUCGACCUAUCGCAUCCGAAACCUCCGAAAUAUCCGACAGUAAUACCGAAGAAAUUUUAGAAGUAUCUCCUGCAACUCAUCCAACAGUAUCAACAUCGCCUCAACUAUUUAACGAUGCUUUUUACGAAGAUAUGUUGCGAUGUGAACCAGCCAUGGCGGCACUUGAAAUUGGUUUACACGUUGAAGGAGUAAAAAAGGCCUUAAGAAAACGAGUGGAAGAAACUGGUGCUCCUCAUGACAGUGCAGAUCAACUUAUAGCAGAUGUCCUUCGGAAUCAAGCUAUGGACGAAGAUGCUCGAGCUGAAAACCAAAACACUAAUUCAUCAAUUGACAAUUCAUUGGAUAUAAUACAAUAUUUUUUGAGUCUACUUAUAACCGAACAAACACUGAAUACUAGUGCAAGGUCGAUAAAUAAUUCAGAAGAUAGUAAUACCUGUCCUACAAUAAACAGGGAAAGUGAGAGGGAGAAUGUACAGGAAGAAUGUACAAAUUCUACACAAAGCUGUGGAACAUCCGAUACAGAGGAUAAAGUACUACAGAAGACAAAUACUAACUCUGAAGUAUCUGAUUCAUUAGCAGAGGAAAAUAGAAGACUGAAAGAAGCUCGUUUAUGCAAAAUUUGUAUGGAUCGUGAAAUAGCUGUUGUAUUUUUACCAUGUGGUCAUUUGGCAACAUGCGUUCAUUGUGCUCCUUCUCUUACAUAUUGUCCAAUAUGUAGACAGGAAAUACGUGCCACUGUUCGUACAUUUCUUUCUUAAGAUGCUGAGUAGAAUUUAACAAAUAUCGUUUAGCAAUUAAUAUACAAAAUUGGCUCGUCAAGUCAAUCGCGAUAUCUUAUACUUCUCUUUAGUGACUUCUCGCUCUCAUCGUCAUACCAGCACUUUAACUUUUACUUGCUUCUGUUAUAUUAUCAUGCUGUUACGAUAUUACUGUCUUACAACUAUAAAUGGGAUUUAUAUGUGUACUGAUCGAUGACAAGAUCUAAAAACGUUGAUAAAAUAAGCAUAUUCGAAUAAGAACAAUCGAACAACGCAGUGAAAAAAUAAUUUUUUCUUUGACGAGAAGUUUACACGACUUUUUAUCUUAAUUUAUUUAGAUAACAACAUUGACAUAUCAAUCAUUAAAUAAACAUAAUCUAUAUUACAUGGUACAAGGGAUUUAUUAAUUAAUAAAAUCUUAUAUUUGCCAUAAUAUUAAUAGCUUUAUGCAAACAUAAUAUUUUUUAAAAGUCAAUUAAUGCAUUCGGUACAAUUUUGCAACGCGUUUAUUCUUAUUUCAAAAUAAAAAAAAAAUAAUAUUAUAUUAAAUAUAAAUAUUGUUAUUUAUUUUACUAUUAAUUUGAUAAUAAUGAACAAAAAGUUCCUAUCUUUUCAAAAUAAUUUCAUUUUUUUUUUUUUUUUUUUUUUUUUUCAUCUAAAACUUGAAUGAUUUUUUUUUUUUUAUUCCUAGAUGAUGAUAACAAAUUGAAGUCAGAAAAUGACACUUAGGCUAAAAGAUAAAUUAUAGAUAAAUAAAAACAUAAACAAAUAUACAAGGCAUUCAACAUACUCAUCUUAUUGUUUUAUACAAAAAAAAAAGAAUUGCUUAGGAUACCCAAUUCCCCAUACGCUUAUUCGUUUCAUAAUUACAAAUCGAAGAAUUAUGUAAAAUUUCAAUAUAUAAAUACUACAUUCUGUCAUGUAAUUAGAAACAACAAAUAUUAUAGCUAUGAAAUGAAACAUUUACUUUAAAUAAAUCUAUUCAUGAUCUUUGUUAGUAAAUAUUAUAAAUACAAAUUGCAUAUAUGUAAUGUUGACUGUCUACAUAACUUAGAAAAUAUACAAAUUGAAACAUU